AUGAAAUCCUUCAAUCAAUUGGCUCGCCGUAGGGCGCUGCACGGCCUUACUGUGCCCCGUGUGAUGCCCACUCAGUCUUCUGCGGCAAAUCGGUUAUGGCAGAAGAACUUCAGUGUCACAUCGGCCGCAUCGUCCCAAUUAGCUGGCCUCGAUGCCUCGAAGCUCGCGGUCACGAAAUCGACUACUCCCAAGGAGAUCUUGUCUCCAAAGGAUCUUGUUUUUGGAAAGACCUUCACCGAUCAUAUGCUCUCUAUUGAAUGGACGGCUACCGAUGGCUGGCAGACCCCCAACAUUAUCCCUUACCAGAAUCUCAGCCUGGACCCCUCGACCUGUGUUUUCCACUAUGCUUUUGAGUGCUUCGAGGGUAUGAAGGCCUACAAGGACAACAAUGGACAGAUUCGAUUGUUCCGCCCGGACAAGAACAUGGAGCGACUCAACAAGUCCUCUUCUCGGAUCGCCCUUCCGACCGUGGACGGUGAGGCUUUGACCAAGCUGAUUGGCGAGUUUGUGAAAUUGGACAACAGAUUCAUCCCUGACGGUCGCGGAUACUCAUUGUACCUUCGCCCAACGAUGAUUGGUACUCAGAAGACCCUCGGAGUCGGACCUCCCGGAUCUGCUCUUUUGUUCGUCAUCGCCAGUCCCGUUGGCCCCUACUACCCGACCGGCUUCAAGGCCGUCUCGUUGGAGGCCACUGAUUAUGCCGUGCGAGCCUGGCCCGGUGGUGUUGGAGACAAGAAGUUGGGCGCCAACUACGCCCCUUGCGUCCUUCCCCAAUUGAACGCCGCUUCCCGCGGUUUCCAGCAGAACCUGUGGCUGUUUGGAGAGGAGGAGUACGUGACCGAGGUUGGCACCAUGAACCUCUUUAUCGCUCUGAAGAACAAGGAGACUGGUAAGAAGGAACUGGUGACCGCUCCUUUGGACGGAACCAUUCUGGAGGGUGUCACAAGAGACUCUGUGCUGGGACUGGCCCGGGAGAGAUUGGCUCCCAACGGAUGGACGGUGUCUGAGCGCAAGAUCAGAAUGGCCGAGGUUGCCGAAGCCGCCGAGGAGGGACGGUUGCUCGAAGUGUUUGGGUCUGGUACUGCGGCCGUUGUUAGCCCUGUCCGAGCAAUCAGCUACCAGGGCAAGAUGGUGAACUGCGGAUUGAAGGAGAACGAAGAAGCCGGCGAAAUCGCACUCCAGAUGCUGAAGUGGAUUGAGGGAAUCCAGUACGGUGAUGAGGAGCACCCAUGGAGUGUUGUCAUUUAA